GAUAUGCGGAAGCAUGUCACCAUGACCCUGUUGGACACAGAGCAGUCCUACGUGGAGUCUCUCCGUACCUUGAUGCAGGGUUAUAUGAAGCCCCUGAAACAGCCGGAGAAUUCCACCCUCUGUGACCCUUCGCUGGUGGACGAGAUCUUCGACCAGAUUCCCGAGUUGCUAGAACAUCACGAGGAGUUUCUGGAGGAGAUCUCCGAUUGUGUUCAGAAGUGGCACGACAAGCAGAAAGUAGGGGAGAUCCUGGUCCAGUCUUUUUCCAAAGACAUCUUGGUGAAUAUUUAUUCUGCCUACAUCGAUAACUUCCUAAACGCCAAAGAUGCCAUAAGGAUCGCCAAGGAAGCCCGGCCAGCGUUUAUGAAAUUUCUGGCGCAAAGCAUGAGGGAAAACAAAGAGAAACAGGCCCUGUCCGAUCUCAUGAUCAAACCAGUGCAACGAAUUCCACGCUACGAACUUCUGGUCAAA